AUGUGGGCAGUGCUGGCUAUGGUCUGUCUGUGUCAGUGUGUUACCGGGCAGCUGACAGAGGCCAAGUCAAAAGGAGCCCAAACUCGUUUUGUCUGCAGUGUUCCGGGGCCACCGGGAACACCGGGGAAACCGGGUGCUGCAGGGCCCCCUGGGCAAGAGGGUCAUGUAGGGAUACCUGGAAGAGAUGGCAGAGAUGGAAGGAAAGGAGAGAAAGGAGAAAAGGGUGAAAUUGGGAUGAAAGGGAGAGUGGGCCCCACUGGGAAGCGUGGAGAACGUGGUCAAAGGGGCCAAGUUGGGAAGCGGGGCCCUCAGGGUGAUCCCGGAGAGCCUGGACAAGGGGGCCCUCCUGGACCCCCCGGGGAGAAGGGGGAUAAGGGUCAGCGGGGUCCACGUGGCACGGUGGGCACUUGUCUGUGCGGGAGCUUGGUACCCAAGUCGGCCUUCUCAGUGGGCAUCACCAGCAGCUACCCUCCAGAGAAGGCACCCAUCAAGUUCAACAAGGUGCUCUUUGACGAGGGUGGCCACUACAACCCACAGACGGGUAAAUUCGUCUGUGCUUACCCAGGCAUCUACUACUUCUCCUACGAAAUCACGUUAGCCAACAAACACUUGGCCAUUGGGCUAGUGCAGAAUGGGCAAUACCGCAUCAAGACCUUCGACGCCAACACGGGCAACCAUGACGUGGCAUCCGGCUCCACUGUCAUGUUUCUGAACCCAGAGGAUGAGGUGUGGCUGGAGAUCUUUUACAAAGACCAGAACGGACUGUUUGCAGACCCUGGCUGGUCUGACAGCCUCUUUUCUGGGUUCCUGCUCUAUGCAGACACAAACUACAUGGACACAUUGGCUGAGGACUAUGCAGAACACUAA